AUGUUGAAAAACAUGAACCGGAAGACAGUGUUGUUUGCGAACAUCGCAUCGGCAUGCAUUAUCAUGUACGCCCUGAGGAAGUACAGCCCCGAGAAGACGAAUAGAAUAUUGAACCAAAUUGGGCAGGUGGCGAAAUGUCUACUUAAAACGCCGCAAAUUCUACUGGAAAAAUGGCUAGGAGAGUGGAAAAAAAAAAAAAUACAACUACCCGUAAUAGACAAAGACGUAAUCAUCCAUUUAAGUGACGACGAGUUGGAUAAAAAAUUCAUGCAGGCAUGCAACGCAGUGAAGAUACAUAGGAGUCACUUGAAAAUUGAGCAGUGGCUUUACUUGUAUGGCUUGUACAAGCAGAUAAUCUCCGGAGACAUGAACCCAGAUGUGUGUGAUUCGGACAAUCCAUUAAACGCAGAAGGAUGCAGUGGGGACAAAGGAGGAACACCCACGAAGAGCGGAAACGAUGGAAAUAGCUACCUAAUGGAUGCCAAAUUCAACGCGUGGAAACAGUGCCACGGAGUUAGUAAAAGAGUUUGCAAAUUUCUGUAUAUGCAAUUUGUCGAAAAGACACUCCCUCCCCAGGCCAUGAAAGAAGAAAUUUCCAAUGUAACAUUCGACUUUACGAAGACGAUGAGUAAGAUGAAGCCUCUGCAGGAGGCACUCACAGGAAUUACGGAGGGGCUCUAUGGAGAAAUCUCCCUUAACGGGAAGGAAAACGGGAAGGACAACGGCAAGGAUAACGGCAAGGACAACGGGGAGGAUGCCAACAAUUUGAGUGACCUCCUCUGCAAAAACGUAGUGCAGGCAAAUUUGCAGUACAUAAAAAAUGCAGUAAAAAAAAAACCAUACAUAAUAAACAAGAGGAAUUCGGAUGGACUGUGCGCUUUGCAUUAUGCGUGCGAUAGGGGAUACCUGGAUAUUGUAAAAAUAUUAAUAGAGUUCGGGGCCGAUGUUAAUGCAGACGAUUCUUGUGGAGACACCGCCCUUCAUAUUGCCGCUUAUUCAGGCAAGACAGAUAUCAUUGAAUACUUAAUCAGCGUAGGUGCUGAUGUAAAUAAGAAGAACUCCGAGGGGUUGACAUUCAACUCGAUACUUAGUCAAGAGGCGGAGUUGUAUUAG